AUGAGUACUGAAGUUUUGGCUCGACGGGCAUCUACAGAGCUUGAGGUUCCAGCAGGAGUAACGGCUUCUGGGGAAAUUAAGCGGAUCUACAUUUCGAAUCUGGACUUUGAAACGAACGAAGAGGAGUUGAAACAGUUUCUGCAAGAUUUCAACGUGCUCACCGUGCUGAUACCAAGCCAAACUAUCCGUGGGUUCAGAAAUAAUAGCGUAAAACCGCUAGGAAUCGGAUAUGCAGAUUUUGCCACAGUUGGAGACGCCCAAAAAGCCAUAGAGUUGCUGAAUGGUCAGAAACUCCACGAUCGGGCCCUGAAAAUCAAGAUGUAUGUUCCGCUGACGGCAAAACGCAAAGAACGUCGUAGUUCCAAGAAACACACAAAUCCAACACAAUCGGCCGCUGAAGAACAACCACUCGAUACAGAGGCUACAGAGGCUACAGAGGCCAACACCACUGCUCCUUUACCCACCCAUGGCUCGAAAUCGAUUCAAGAACCUGUGGCCUCAGACACCCUAUAUUGUGCAUAUCUACCUUCCAACGUCACCGACGUGGAAUUACGUGAGUUUUUCGCGGAUUACGACCCUCAAGACAUCUACGUGUAUCGUAGCAGUGUGUCCAAACACCGCAUACACCUGUACCGACGUUUCACUGCGGCUUUAGUCACAUUGGGCGCCCCAGACUCGCUAGAAAACGCUAUAACGCAGCUUUCGAAGCAGAAGCUAAUGGGUAAGAAGAUAACUUUGAGGCCCGCCAGGCUAUCCAAAAUUCAAGAGGUCAAGAAAGCCGCUGCAAAGAAACAUGAGUUGGAACAGGUUCAAAACCGGAAAAAGUCUAUAGCUGAGGCAUCAGAUGCCAUUGUGGAAAACCAGGAGUUGGAAACGAGAGAGACCGAAGGCUCGAGCUAA